AUGACUACUCUUCUUACUUCUUUUGUACAAGGUACUCCUCUUAAAGUAACCAAGUGUGGAGUUUGUGGCUUGGUUGGUCAUCCAAAUGACAAAUGUCUCGAGGUGAUCGAGGAUGUAAACAUUGUUCGAAGAUAUGAACCCCACGGUAAUACAUACAAUUCGGAGUGGAGAGAAAAACCAAACUUAAGAUGGGGGAAUGACAACCAAAAGCAUACACAAGCACUAUUCGCCUCUUCAAACCAAGGUACGAAUCUUGAAGAUAUUAUCAAAGCUUUGGCAACUAACACUGUUUCUUUUCAACAAGAGAUGAAACAACAAAUGACUCAACUUACUACCGCCAUAAGCAAGAUGGAUGGGAAAGGCAAACUUCCGGCUCAACCGGACCAUGCUAAUGUAAGUGCCAUUUCACUAAGGAGUGGUAAGAUUCUUGACACUCCCACCACCAAAGAGAAAAAGGUAACUUCCAAACCCUUACCUCUUAAUAGUAAGAAUGAGUCUAAGGAAGAAAAGGUUGAAACAAACCCUUCACCAUCUAAUUCUAAAAAUGAUAAAUCUCCUCUUAAUGAUUUUACUCCUUACAUACCUAAACCUCCUUUUCCCUCUAGGUUGGCUCCAAAAAAGAAGGAAACACCCAAGGAGGAAGAACUCUUGGAGAUGUUUAGAAAGGUGCAAAUCAACUUGCCCCUUCUCGAUGCAAUCCAACAAGUUCUGAGGUAUGCAAAGUUUCUAAAGGAGUUGUGUACCAACAAGAGGAAAACAAAAGAAAGACCAAUGGUAAGUCAAAAUGUUUCGACUCUUCUUAAGAGAAAUAUUCCGAAAAAAUGCAAUGACCCCGGUAUGUUUUCUCUACCUUGUGUAAUAGGAAAUAGGCUAAUUUCUCAUGCAAUGCUUGACUUAGGAGCAUCCAUAAAUGUCAUGCCAUACAACGUCUUUAAAGAUCUAGAACUCAAUAAUUUGCAAAAAACUAGUGUAUGCAUACAACUAGAGGAUAGAUCUUUUAUUUCACCAUUAGGAAUAGUUGAAGAUGUCCUUGUGAAAAUUGACAAACUAAUUUUUCCGGUGGAUUUUUACAUAUUAGAAAUGAAUGAAGCAUGCCUAAAACCAUCUCACUCUAUUUUAUUAGGAAGACCUUUUCUUAAAACUGCAAAAGCCAUUAUAAAUGUUAAUAAAGGUUCCUUGAGUGUAGAGUUUGAUGGAGACAUUGUCACAUUCAAUAUUUUUGAAUCCAUGAGAUAUCCGGAUGAAUGCUUGUCUUUAUGUUCAUUAGAAUUGCAUGAUUAA